CACACUUUGGAUCUCGGAUUUCUUCCGCUGAAUUUACCGGCUGAUUUAAUUUUGCAAGUGUAUUCCUCUUCUGUAAAGCGUUGUCAGCGCUGCCUUUUACUUUUUGAAAGAACGCCAACAUCCUUAAAAGAUAUUUUUGUCAGAGCCAGUAAAAUGUAGACCUUCUGGGUCAAUUCAACUAAAGAGGGAAAUGAAAUGGAGGGGAGUGAAGAUGAACGCCACCAGUUGAAUGGGCCUAAUGAGCAUCAGCGCAGAGCAGCGCGGAGCUGAGUCUCAUCAGCACCAGUCUGAACGACCAAUCACAGCGCUCCCCCGGCGGCGGACUUCUGCGAGGCCAGGCGCAGUUAGGCGGUGUAACCGAUCUCGCUUGGAAAUUAGGAAGGGAGUCAGUCUCAGUUGGUUGUAGAUGGAGAAAAGUUGAAUUGGUGAAAUUUUGCUGAAUACGUUUGACAAUUUGAACAUCUAUUACUUGAAGUACUGCGUGUUCUCCGGGAUAGUUAUAGUGUAACUUGUGCUUCUACUACAAACGGAAUUUUCCGAUGUCGUGUGCAGUUGAAUUGCCUUGUCACAUGUAUCAGAAAAUCUCUGAACAGCUCGUUAGGUACUGACUUCUCUCUCACAACCGGUUGCGUUUUUUUUUUGCCUGCCGUGAUAAUGGAUUAUCAAUAGCCUGAUGAAGACACAUCAAGAACGGUUGAGAUCUGCACUUAUACAAAACACAGGCGUUUGAAACAGGUGGCAGUUCAAACUGUCCUGAUCAUCUUCUGCUACAAUAACAGGCUGCAAUCUAGGCGCUGAGGUAUAGUGCGCAGGCUCUCCCAGCGCUCUUCUCCAGCAUCAAACCCCAGAGCAACGCACAGUGGACUCUCGGUCAACACAAUCCAGGCUUGAUUGUCAACGUGUAAACCUGAAGAAAAUUCUGGAAAUCAAGCAGAACGUUUAGAAACGACAAGGAGAAAAAUUCUCCCCAAGAGCUCUCUUGGACUGGGAGAAUUUCUGCUUUGUGUCUCAUUUUCCUCUGCUGAACUCUCUGCAGAAGGUUAGAGGCGCAUGUAACUGAAACAAGUGGAGCCUUCGGUGAUUUCAGCAUUCUGUCUCCCCCAUCUGUGCCUACAUUCUCUGCUACAGAUAGGGCCGUUUUGAUAAUUACAUAUAAUUAUAAUUUCUGUGGGAGACAGAUCUGCCUCUGUCUAUUAUUGCCAACACCUCCAACACAAUAACUUCACACAUUUACAUAUUUCUCAACAAAAGUGAUAUUCUUUGAACCUCGGAGACAAAUCAGGAAUAAUUUUACUUAGGGAGACAUGUCACAUGGAAAAGCAAUGUGCCCUUCAGUUUGUAUCUAAUUAGUGAUAUAGCUGAAUGACACAGGCAACGUUUUGUGCAUAAAGCUGAAUGCAGAACAUUUCAAAUGUUUGACAUUUGCCUCAUUUUGCAAUGUGUUUCACAGGCUGGGAGUCGUUUCUUUGGUUUAAAGCGUACUCCUGAUUUUCAGUUGUUACAGUCUUCUAGCACUUAAGCUGAGCCUCCCUCAUUAUCACCCCCCAGCCCAGUCACAGAAACAGCCCGUACCAGGCGAGUACUGCUGCACAUUAAUCCAACCAUAGAAAAGAUUGAAGUAAAGUACACAGUGUUUUUAUACAUGUGAUGAGUGCCUCACAUGAAGAGAUAAGUCCCUGCAGGCAACAUUAAUGGACAGUUUUCGCUGGUGGUGCAGCCUGUUAUUUCCAUGUGAUUGUUUACAAUGCCAAAAAGCACCAAAUAUAUAUGAAACAAAUGAUACAUACAUUUCCCCACAAAAAUAGCUUUCAGUUUAAACAAGUGCCAAUUCUGAAUGUAUGUAGUGCCAGAGUGAAAUAGUUAUCCAGGUAUGUACUAAAUAGAUUAAACAGUUUACAUAACACUGGCCAUAGACUAUUGAUCAAGUGCCAUGAUCAGUACAGGAAUGUAUUGGACUACCAUAUUUUAUUGAAAAUACCUAAUACUCAUUUUUUUCUGAGAUUUGUACGUAUAAAAAAGAAUUCCAUCCAGCAGUACGUCAUUGUCCAGUGGGACAUGUAGAACAAGGUAUUAAUUACUAAAAGCAACAAGAUUUGUUGUUUUCAAUUUGUCCUUUUUACAAAGCUGCAUCCAUUUAGGUGUUCUAGACUUGAGAGGUGUUUUAGGAGGGAAUAACAUGAAGCAGCAUUCUGUUUCUUUCUAACAGCAAAUUAAAACCUUUUUAAUGCCGUUAUCACCAGUGAUAGUCCUUUUCAGUUUUGACCUUUUCCAUUAUUACAUCAUAUAAAUGCUCAAUUUCUGACAAAUCAAAAAACAGGUUUUAAAUUUCAUCAUCCAGCAUUACUGAAUGAACCGACUUAUACAUCAUCAGUAUUCAGUAGGUUGUACAUGCUACUUGAAUCUUUCACAUGCCGUUUUAGUGGGUUAAUCUGCAAAAGCGGAUACAGUGUUGUAACUGCAUUGACUCAACAAGAGAAAAUAGAUCUCUUAGUCAUGUAAAAAUGACGCCCACCACCAAUCUCCGAGUCCUCGCCGUCUCCCUGCUGUCCCUCCUUACUGCCCCACUUACCACUGUUGUGGAGACCUCUCCGUCCCCCUCUCCUCAGCACAUAGACCGCUCAGGGAGGCAAUUCACAGAGGAGCCCAAGAAUGGCCCCAGUCCCUCGCUCCUGCUCCUUGCCAUUCAGGCCAAUAUCAGGCCAGCUGCCCUCCAAGGCAGGACCAAAACCCCUGAGAAACUUCCAGAGAUAUCAGAGGGAGUUCUGGAGGCACCCCCAAAACCCCUGCCCCAGGUCAUGUUCCCCAAGAAUGUGACUUCAGCAGAGGCCCUAGCACCUCCCUUAGGCGCAGCCCAGGUAGCCCCCAUUCGACCACACCUGAUAGAUGUAUGGAUGGAUGUAUGUCGGGGUUAUUAUGACGUAAUGGGACACUUUGACAGUGCUUUCAACUGCUCCAAGGACACCUUCAUCUAUUGCUGUGGAACCUGCCACUACCGCUUCUGCUGUCCAGAGCGUGGGAGGCAACUGGAGCAGGACAGCUGUAAAAACUAUGACUCUCCAGACUGGGCCAAGCCACAGACAGAUACUAUGAUUAUACCUGAGGAAUUAGGUCCUGACCCAGACUUUGAUCCACUGAAGCAGCAGAGUCACAACACAGGCUUCGUCAUCGGUGGUGUGGUUGUGUUCAUGAUAGCUGUCGCUGUGGGCAUCAAGGUGGUCUUCAACAAGGUGCAACAGGAAGCCAACCAGAGGGACCUCAAUAUGCCCAGAGCCCUGGUUGACAUGUUGCGGCACCAGUCAAGCCCAGUCCAGCAGGAUGAGAGAAACAACAGCGUGGCUCUGCCUGUAGGGGACGGACAGGGGACGCUGGGGAGAGCUCCAAAAAAUCUUUACGCCCCUGGAGUGCCCAGCAAGGACAACAGAUUGGGCAAUUUGCAACACAAUUUCAUCCACUCCUCAGGCUCCAGCCCCAAACACACCGCAACUAUUGAACGCACCCCUCGAAUGAACAAUGCUCAGCUGGCAGCUGGAGGCACCCUGCUUUCCAGUAAACACAACAACACCAAAUCCCAGCCUUCCUUCCACCACUCCCUGCACAACCUGGCUCAGCUGCCUCCCUCCUAUGAGAGCGCCACCAAGCCUGAGCUUAACAGAUACUCCUCACUCAAACGCCUCGAGAAAGGUCUUGAUGAGUACUCGUCUGGUUACUGCACCACCAAGCGCCGACCACACACAGCCCAGCCAGCCCUCCAGUCAUCUCAGCACCAUCUCCACUGGGGUGGAGACUACACCCUCAGUGGGAGAGGAACCCUCCCCAGACACGCAGCUCGUCCCUGGAUCCCACCACCACCUUCUGGCAUGCCUGCCUCACCCACCCCCAAUCCUUACCCUCUGGACCCCCCAGAGCCUCAGUUUAAUCCCAAUUAUGACACCCUCUCCAAACCCCCGAGAAAAGUCAAGUCUACUGACCAGUUGCUCAACAUGGGUGAUGUCCCUGGCAACACCGGGACUCUAUCCCGGCUGUCUAAGAACCAGCAACAUCAAUACUACAAAGCCAUGGCUGCCUCCAAUAAAAACUCCAACACGCAGACCCUCACCCGCAAACCCCAGGACCGGCAGGAGAGACAGGAACGGCUACUUAUGUCACCAGACCAUUUGGAGGAGAGGAUGGGGGUCGGCGGGAUGGGGGUUGUAGAUCCGUAUGCCCACACAGGAGGGAUUGUCCCCACGCUCCCUCGCCAGCAAAAGGCCCAGUCUCAGCAGAACGUCUGCGCCACGCCCUCGCUUGACCGGCAUCACAUGAUCAAGAUGAACUCGCACCCCACAUCCGGAAGAGAGCAGGAGAGAAACACGCCCAUGACGGGGCACGUGAGCGGGGGCGUGGGCUGGACGGGAGAGAUGCCCGGGGCGGGGGUAGUCAUGGGAACAGGAACACUAGGGGGCCACAACGCGAGGAGGAUGGCUUUUGCAGCGAAAAGGCAGAACACCAUUGAGCAGUUACAUUUCAUACCGGGAGGGGGUGGCGGGGGGUCAGGAGGAAGUGGAGGGGGCAGUCAGGGGAUCAGAACGGGGAGUAAAAAUGAGGUGACGGUGUGAAGUUUGUGCCUAAUAUAGAGUUUAGCCCUCCUUUACAGUAUGGGAGUAGAUCACCCUUCUGCAUUUAGCUAUUAGAUGUACAACUACAAGAAAGAAAACUAUAAGUAUAGAGUAUAGUAAUAGUAUACUGUGUUUAGGCUAUUCAAAUUAGUGUUAUAUAGUAAUAAUAGCUUACUUAAAUAUAAUUACUUAAUUAAAAAUUUAGGUGAGAAAUAUCUGUCCCAAUUAUGUGAUAGCCUACAUUAGCCAUAUUUUGUAACAGAAUUUGCCAUAUUGCCAUAGCAGUGCCAUUACUUGUAGAAAGACUGACCGGAAGGGAACUAAGAGCAGUGUCGUUCAUAAUUUUUUUUUUUUAUAUAUGUUUUUCAAAAUGUACUCAGGAGCCAUAUUAGAUAGAUGUAGAAGUAGAUAGAGAGAAGGACCAUGUGAACUAUUGUAUCACAGAGUUUCACAAAGAAUUAAGCCAACUACCUGCUGGACUGUCAACCUGCUCAGCCCUUGCUGACAGCGAUUUUUUUUUUUUACUGAAUCUUAUGGGUGAAGAACCCAGUGGACUAGAUGAGCCUGAAUGAAUCAUGUGCCUGGUGAGAGAUUCCGGAGACUUUGCUGAACCAACCCCACCCUGACACAGGGAGACAGAACUACUUUUUGUUGCUUCCUGUGCACAUGAGCGGAUGAGGCAGGGGCUGUUUCUGACUGGGACACAGCAGCCUGACGCUACCGGCUGGACUCCGCACCUGAUUUAACCUGCGGACAUACCCACGUUACUGACCUGAUGCCUGGGUUGCCUAGUUUUCCAUGUGACCUUAGAUCAAAUCCCCAGAGUAACUCACACUCUGAUCACUGUUACACUGCAGGAGUGUAAGCUGAUCUUAGAUUACAUUAUGGGUGGUUUUUCCCUAAUGUUCCCAUCUGUAGAUCAGGACCUAACUGUAAAAACACUGGGCUGCCAAAUGAUUAAGAGCCAUCAGUAAUGAUAUAACUACUAUCUUGACAUAAACACACACAAGUCAAGAGGCAACUUGCUUUAACGUAGAUUGUGUACAAGAGGCAAAGGUUUUUCUACAGAGCACAAAUGAAUAGAUCAUGACGCAGGGGUUGCACUUACACAACUGUCAUUCAGAGCCAUUUAUGGAAAUACAAAGAAAAUACCACAGAGGAAGCUGGUCUGACAAUCACCAUUUUAUUAUUCUCACCAGGUGACAUAUUAAACAAGUCAGUGAUAUUUUGUACAGUCAUAGGAUUGGCUUCAGAGCAAGCCAGAAGAAACCUCUAAAUCAGGAGUGAGGGUAACCUGAAGGCCUUCUCCUGCAUGGCUCCUUAUGCCGUAAAAGACUUGGGUGGUUAGGAAGCCCUUCGCAUCCUCAAGAUGAAGACCUUGCUGUAUCAUAACGCACUUCAGCCAGUAUGAGUAUUAAAAAAACAGAAAAGAGGAAAAAAAAGUCAUCAAUAACAAUGCUUAUCAAUACUAAGGGCUAUCCUAUCCUAUAUACUGUAGUAUGUGAUAUCUGUGGUCCAUAUAAAAUGCUAUCUCUUUCUCUUGAUUUUGUGUUGAUAUUGUCAUGAUGUAUUAAGUAUUAACAUGUACAAAAAACAAGAGCAAUUCAAGCACAUCUCAAAGAGAAACACAGAGACAAAACUUUGCACAAAUCUGUCCCCUGAUAUUUGCACCAGAUACAGAAAUGCUUUGUAUCAUGUCCUCAAGGUUUACAUUCUGUACAAGUAUGGCCAAAAGUGUGUGACUGAUCAAUAGAAGAUAUUAAGAGAGGAUUUUUUUUUUAAAUCAACAGAAAUCAAAGAAGGAACUGCUCGGUUUUUGUUCAGUCAUGUGAAAGGAUCCAGAGAUGAAAUGCUGAUAAAAAGAAACACAGAUUUCAUUCGGACAAUCUUCCUACACACAGUGCUAAAUGUAGUUGUUAUGAAUAUAAUUGAGUGUUAUUAUUAAUAACUAUUAUAACUGUUAUGGUUAUUAUUAACAAUUAUCUUAUGAUGUGAUGUUCUUUUACUUGGUGGGAUUUAAGUGUUUAUUGUUUUUAGAUAACUAGCAUUCUCAUGACUGGUUCGUUUUUCAUACAUCUGGUCAUAAAUUCAAGUUUUUAAAAACAUUCCAAACCUUGAUGCAUGCAGGCUCCAUUUCACUGAGAGGCAUUUACAUUAUGACUGGAUUUGAGGGUCAAUUUCCAGCUGUAUGUAGUGUGCCUAGACAUCAGCCUUAUGACUUCUUGAUCUCAAGUGAUUACUUAGGUUUCCGCUCUAGAACAAAAACAUCUAUUGAAAAAAUCUGCAGCCUUCUAAAGGUAUGUGUAUAAAUGAGUGUUUUGGCAGCCAGAUGAGAAGGGAUGGGCCAGGAGUUAUUUACCAGGCAGUCUGUUGUGUCCACGGCAGCAGCCUGACAUCAAUAACUUAAUAUGGGUUGUACACACGAAACCCACAAUACGUAAUGUACGUAUGUAUGUUCAGAUGAAUGUUAAUUACGCAGGUCAGAGAAAAACGAAGGUCUAAAGGAAACCUGAUUGCUUUGAGUGCAGUAUCUUUUUCAGGGAACUAGGACAGAUGACAUAUUAGAUUUUUUUAAUAGAGCCACAAAUGGUCUGUAGCAAAGUCUGUAAUAUCUCACAAGCCAUAUCCAUCAAAACACAUUAUCACAAUUUUAUAAAUGGUUAAUCUAAUUUGUGCAAGUAUUGUAUUUUGUAUAGCUAGUACAAUCAGAAUAUUUUGAGUGAUCUCUUCGACAUUAAUUUGAGGAUUCAACAAAUUAUGUGUUAGUAUUUAAUGAACUGUACAGUGCCAAACUCAUAACAUUUUGUUGUCUUUCUAUUGUCACGGCCUUCGGCAUGACUACAGGGGGAAUUUCUUUUUCACAAAUGAUACACAGGCAAGUGGGCUAAAAAGGCUAGUUUUCAGAAAGAAAUGAAUGAAUAUGGUGUGUGUUUUUACCAUUAUGAAUUCAUUCAGAGUGAGGACAGUUAAUGGCCACCUGAAAUGUAAAGCAUUACUAAAAAGAAAACUGUAUGGACAGAGACAGUGUCCACUAUUGAAAUUCAUGGAUUUAUUUUCAUGCCUAUAAAUUUCAAAACAACCCUUUUGUUAUUGUUCACUGAAUUCCCUUGGAUACGACAGUGACUUACAAAGAAUUUGUAUAAUAAAGUUGGUGGGAGAAAAUAUUUUGUCAUUCAUUAUAGAGCAUGA